GUAAUAUUAGAUCAAACAACGAUACCAACAGAUACAACAACAGUUUCCGACACAUCCAUUCCAUUAUUCACGGGAACACAAGGUGGAACAAAACCCACUCUUUUGAACAAAGAAUCAUGUCAAAACAGUGUUUAUUAUUUCAAAACAAGUCCUUCAAAUUGUAUCUGUAUCUUGAAAUCGGGAACUAUUGAUGAUAAUUCAAAUUCAUAUGAAGGUUCGACGAGUACCGAUUGUGCAAAUGGUGAAGUUACAACUGUUUAUUCACUUCAAAUUCCUCCAACUAUUACAUCAGUUAAUGUUGCACGUAAUUCCGUUUAUAGCAGUUUGGUGUAUCCAAGUGGAGUUCAUUUCACUUCAACUUCGAGUGUAUCUCUGAAAUUUGAUACUUUGGUUGUGGACAGCCCAAUUUACUUUGGAACUCAAAUUGCACUUAAUGUCACAUCCAUUUCAUUCUCUGCAAACAAACUUGGAUUUUUGAAGGCUGAUGGUUCAUCAAUAACAUUACCAACUACUAUCGCAUUGGGAAUAUUCAUUCUUCCUACAAGUGUUGCCAACCCACCAGGUGCUUACAACUGUCCAUUAACAAACAAUUUCAAAAGAAGAAUUUAUGGAUAUCAAAUUACCGAAGGAUGCCAAUGUUUGGACCAAUUAGCAGAUUGUGGCAUUUCUGAAUUUUCAGAAUAUUAUAAUUUGGUAGUUAGUUCAAAUACGGAAAUUAAUUCCAAUUUCAAUUCAAUCGUCAUUCCAACAACUGCGACACAAAAUACAAUUGAAAUUUCUCAUGUUGGUAGUGCCGUGACUGUUGGCACUCUUGAUGUGUCUACUUUAACAACAUUGAACCAACUCACAAUCAAAUCGAAUGUCCAAAUAACCAAUUUCAAAAACAAACAAACCUAUACCAUAUUCGAAAAUUUGUUACCAACUCAAAGUACAAGUACUGUUACAACUGGUAAUGUUUACUAUUAUAACUCAAUCACAAAUGCACCAACUGAAACUGGAAUCUCACAAGUUGAUUGUGGAUCGUCAAGUAAUAAGUUUAUCAGAGUAUUCAAAACCAUGUCGAAUUUGAAUUGUGAUUGUUUGUAUAAUACCCCAGAUGUUGAUUGUAAGAAGAAACCCGAAGUUUUCCAUUUGAAAUUGGACACUUCAAUAACACCAUACAAAUUUACACUGACAUUACUCUGGUUGGAUGUCGAACUUACUUCUACUUCAAUAAACCCAAUGAAUGAAAUUGUCGUGUUGAAAGAGAACAAUAAAAUUAUUGUGGGAAAUACUGACUUUAAGUUAUCUUCUACAGCACAAACAACUAUAAACGCCCAAUUUAAAGAUACAAACACUGCAUAUAUUUAUUCUACAAACGUCCAAGUUGUACCAACUACUACAACAAAAUAUGCUUACCCACUUUUUGUAUCAACAUCAUCUUUCAAUGGACUUAAUUCUAUUCAGUGUAAUAAUAUUUAUAGAUACUUUGUGACAGGAACAACAGCUAAUUGUGAUUGUAAAAUACUUGACACUGACGGUGCAACAGAUUACAAAGACUGCCAUUAUCAAUCAGUUAACUAUAACGCAAAUACCGGAAGUGCUAAUAUCAAACUUGUUGAUAAUUGGAACUCUCUGACUUCAACGGCUGAUUACCCACAAACGACAAUUGAUAUGGGAAAUAAAUCCGCCACUUCUUUAAUUAUUAAAACAAACACGAAUAUUAAUGGACAAGUUGGAGGUACAACCAAACUUGUAACCGAUGGUACUAAAUACGUUCUUAUAGAUACAAGUGGAAAAUUAAUCACAAUUGAUGUCAAUCAAUGUGGAAGAUAUUGUGCUUCAUAUAAACGGGGAGUUAUUGAUACUUCACAUUCUGCUGAUUGUUUAACAAACAAUAAGAGAAUUUCAAAUGGUAACUUGUGCUAUUGUACAUUGAAUGGAGACGGAUCAACAUACCUUGAAACUGAUUGUAACCACGACACUACUAAGGAUGGCUUUGAUUUGUAUUUAACAACAGCGACACAACCAAUUACAUCUACAAACAAAUAUAAUUCUCUUGUUAUUAAAAGUGAUGUCGGCGCAGUUGAAUUGACAACCACAAACAACCAAAUUCAAUUUACAAAGGUGGAUGUUUCUAAAAACAUUGUUUUCUCGAUACCAGUCACUUCUAUUGGAACUUUAACACAAACAUCAACAAGUGCUUAUGUGACUUUUAAUAAAGCAACAACAAUCACAACUGUUGUACCAAAAGCAAACGGAUUUAUCCUUUACAAAGCUGCUUCAAAUGAACAAUUGACAAUCACUUCAAUCACUGAACCAACUGGAUGUGUUGAUGUAGUGUACUCUCCACAUGCAAAUGUCAAUAAUGUUGCUACUCAAAAACUUGUUGUUCUCAACGGAAAAUCAACUUUGAAAACAAGUCAAUGUGAAAAUACCGUUGAGUGUAAAUUUGUGAAAGAACAAACUACAACAUACGAUGACCAAUUCUCAACGAUUAACUGCCCAUGUGAUAACUCUGUAAGCGGUGAUACAACAGGCGCAAAAUGCAAGGUUAUGGUCGAAAGUGCAACAGCAGCAAGUAUUUUCACUCUUGCACAUAAUGUUAAAGCUGAUGUUAUUGUACAAAAGGAUAUUCAAUUUAAAACAACGACUCCUUAUACCAUUGAUAACAUGACUUUUAGUGGUUCAACAUUGACUGCGACACAAGGUUCUGAAAUAACACUUACUUCAUUAACUACCACCGCAUUAACAAUUACGGGUAACGUGAACAUCAAUGCCCAAAUUGGUGCAGUUAAGGCAACAUUAACAGGGAAUACAAAAGCGAUUAAUAUCAAUGCUUUUGCAUUCAAUGAAAUUGUCUCGGCUUCUACAAAUGUGUACAAUUUGAAUGGAGGAGCUAGCUUUGUUUUGGAAUGCAAGAAAUGCACAUUGAGUGGAACUGAAACGAUCACUACACUUAAAAUGGGUAAUGCAAAUGAAUAUACAUUCAAUCCCGAUUCACAAACAACUAUUCAAAAACUUCUUGUUAAUCUCAAUGGAAAUUUGACACCACUUAAUAUACUUGGAAAUGUCGUUUUUGCAAAUGUAUUAAAGACUGAUUACACAUUUAGUUAUCCGCUUGUUAUCGCUCAAUUAACAAAUACUUCUUUGUUCAAAUCUAAUGCUGAUCUUACAACGACUGGAAUUCAAGUAUUAUGUAAAAACUUGGUUGUACUUGGAACUGUUUCACCAAGUACUCAAAUUUGCGCAGCAAAUAACUACGAGGAAGUCAAUGAAGUCGAUUUACCAACAAAUUGUGGUUCUUCAACAACAAUCUGCAAAUUAACUUUGAAAAAUUCGACGACGAUGAAAAUUACUAAGAACUAUGAUUCGAUUAUCUGUGAAUCUACAGAUAGCUGCAGUAUUGGAACAAUUGAUGCUACUGUGACUAAAUUGAACUUGAUUGGUUUAACAAAGAUAUUCACUAUUACAAGCCCACCAACUUUCCCAAUUCGAGCAACAAAUUGUGUUUUGAAAAUAACAGGAAGUGCAACAUUAUCUGCACAAAGUGGUGUAUCUAUUGAAUCAUCAACUGGAACAUUAACUUUAUUAACAUCAAAUAUUGAUUCAAUAACCACUUCAUUUGAUGUCGUCGUUAAGGGAGAUGUCGUUAUUGGAACAAAUAUGGUGACAACUGGAAUGUUGACAUUAACAUCAGGUUCUUUAUACGUGAAAAAGAAUUUGACAUUCAAGAGCCUCACAGUUGCGAGUGAAUUUAAAUUAUUAACUGUUCUUAACACAAUGACGAUGAGCGAUUCAACUGGUACUAUAACAGCUGCUAAUUAUUACUCGCAUUACGCAAUGAAAUAUGUCAAAUGUGGUCCUGUUGAUUCUAUUUUAACAGCAAAUAAGGAUUAUACCGCAGAUGGAAUCAAAUGUAUCACACAAACGAGUGCACAAAUUGACUUGAAUACUAAUGAAGCAUAUGUCAAUCACUAUAAAUUUAAUUGCAAAGACUUGACACGCACAACUAUUAUUAAAUCACCAAAGGUGAGCUGCGCACAGAGUGUGACAACAAACAGUGAAGUGAUUGUAAAUGUUGCAACGACAUUAGGUGGAUCAUUUACUCUGAGCAAAUUAACAGCAAAGGCCGAUGUCACAUUUUUGAAUGACGCUCAUUUGACUUGCUCAACGACUCAAAACGCAACAGGUAAAGUUAUUCUUUCAGGCACUGGUGAAGUCACAAAUUGUGCCAAUGUUAUUCAUAACUCACAAGAAACUAUUUCUAUCACCAACGUACCUUCCAUUGAAUUGAUGAAUACUGGAAUAUUUGAUUUGAAGAGUACUAUGAGUGAUUUGAAAAUUACGAUAACAAAGAGCGGGUUUGACAAGACUAUUCCAAUUACCGUUGACAUCGAUUCCAUUUCAAUCAUCGAUUCAUCAACUAAAAUCAAAAAUUACGUGUUGAUUGAAAUGACGAACCCAAUCAAAAGUGGAAAUUUGGGGAGUUACACAUUCAAAUGUAAUAACAAGAAGAUCGUCCAUGGAGACUCUCCAAUGUUUUCAUGUGAAGAUUUCCCUUAUGAUGUUACUUAUACAACUGCUGAUCCAUCAAAGAACCCGGCACAAGGAUGUAUUGAUGACACUGGAAUAAAUUGUAUUGCGACAGUAACAGUCGAUGCUGCUUAUACACUGAAUACACUUAACUUGAAUGUAUUGAAAUCGAAAUAUAUUAAAUUGCAAUUGAAUGUCAAGAAAAUAUUAAUAGUGACAAUGGAAAAAACAGUCGAACAAUUUGAAUUGACGGGUGCUCAAAAAUCGAAUGAAGAGAUGUCGUAUGGAGCAAUUUUGUCAGACAUAUUACCGAAAUACACGACAGUCACUGAUGCGAUACUUAAAGUUGGUUCUGCAACAACCGGCAGAUUUAAAGUCGACCACAUAGUGUAUCUCAACUCGGUUGGAACUUCUGAAAUUGAUCUGACGAAUGUCGAAGCGAACUUCUGGGACUUUAACUGCUCGACUCUCAAACUUACUAAUGUUAUUGGGAACAUUUCAUCCCCAAUUAAUAUCGACGAUUUGACUGUCUCGGGAACACAACUGAAUAUAUCGAGAUCGGUUAAUAUCUCUAAAAUAACUAUUUUGGAUACUUCUAAUGAUGUUGCUUUGUUCACUGUGAUGCAAAACAUUGAAAGUAUUACCAUUGGAAGUGGAAUUGAUUUAGAAAGCACAGAAUGUCAGUACAUCUUUAAUUACUUGGGAGUCUCAGUGAAACCUACAUUGAGUCAGAAUUUGGAUGAGAUCAAGGACAAAAACAGAAUAUAUGUUGGAGCGUGCACAUUCAAAUUGACGAAAUGCGCACUUGUAUCGACUUCAGACUGUUCAAUUGAUAUUCAUGAGAAUGGGAAUUACCAAUACACUUCGUUGUGCCCAGAUAAUACCGUUGAGAUCGAUUUGACUCAAGCGAAAUGCGGCAGUGUCACGUUUGAUGGACUCUCUGAAAAUGAAUACAGUCAAAUUACACUUCCAACUAACACGACAUUACAAUCUUCGACAACAUCCCCAAUCAUUAUCAAUACUUUAGUGAUAAAAGAAAAAUUGAUUUUGACGAGUCCAUAUAUCAUCACAAAUCUUGUGGAUGCCGUGGAGACACCACAACCAGCUUUGGACAUCACUCUUGGCGCAAAUACUCAAAUUGUUAGUUAUGCUUUACAAGGAGAAACAACUAUGACUAUUCAACAAGGCGCGACUCUUAAUUUCAUGAACACUGUUCAGAAGGCAUAUACUAUCAAACAAAUGACUAUUGAGGGAAGUGAAUUGAAUGUGUAUGGUCCUAAUGUCGAACUCUCAAUUGAAAGUCUGAUAUUUGCAACUGUUGCUUCAACAAGUUCGAUUAUUAAUGUGAAACAAUUUAACAUGAAUGCAGCCAAAGUUAGUUUGACAACUGCAAAGAGAACAACACACAUUCCAUUGAUUAAUACAAUGGUUUCUAUGGAAGACCCAACAACACCAUUAACUGAUAUGUCAUUGGUGUGCAACAAAAAGACUUUGAUUUACAAACAAACAGAUAGUGAUGUUAAAUUCCAAUGCCCAGAUGACGUCUUAUGUACAUAUGGUUCAUCAGAAUGUGACAGACCAUCAACAGGAACUACCGAUUAUGAGCAACGAUAUAUCAUUGAAGUACCAAGCACUCACAGUGGUGCUGUAACACUUACAGACAAUUCUAAAUUAACUAAAGGAUAUGAUGUAGUCAAUGUGAAACAAUCCGGAGCUGUUAUUACUGUAGCGAAUGGAGGAAUUUAUGUGUUUAAUAUUUCAGUGGCUAAAGUGUCUAUAUCAUGUGCUGAUGACACGUCUGAUGUGAGUUGUAGUGUUAUUAUUAAUAAUAUGAAUGAAGACUCUUAUGGUGUCAUGUUAACUGGGAAGAAUAUGAUAUUAAAGGAAGACACCACUAUUGAAAAUUUAGUGGCGAAUGUGAAUAUAAUGGGAGAUAUCACAUUAAGUUCGUUUGAAGUGACUUCACUGAUAGUGAAUGUCAAGAAGGGAGGAAUAAUGAGAGUCACACAAUACGCUUCUAUGAAGGAAUUGCAUAUGGAAGACGGCGCUUUAGUAUACUCAUCGGACUCUUUUGAUGCUGGGAACUUGUAUUAUGAAGGCGGACAAAUUAUAUUUGACUCGACGAACACGGAGGCUGUACUCAAUGUGAACUUCUUUAAUGUCAACAACGAAGUAUUAACACUUGGAAAGAAGGAAUGUAUCCAUCCAAUCAUUAGACAAUCAUUCACAAAUCCAGAAGAAGUUAUUGACAGGCCUGAACUUGUCUGGAAGGGUAAAGUAAUAUAUCAGAAGACUUCUACUAUGGUUGACCACAACUGCGGAUAUUCUAAACUUGAUUUGUGUGGGAGUGAAGGCGCGGAACAUAAUUGUGAGAAUAUUGAAUGUGAUACGACAGAUGGAGAUAAGCGUGCCAUUUGUUAUUGUACGUAUGACCCUGCUAUAGUCCAAGACUGUGUUUUGAAAUGCCCGGAUACUGCAGGCACGGACUGUGUCUUUGACCCAUCACAGUCUUCGAACUCUUUGUUUAACAAAAUUAGUAUACCAAAAGAGAACACUCUGAAUGUCAGUAAACUGUUUAAAUUGUUUAUCUUACCAAUGAGCCAAAACAUCAUAAUCAGUGCGACGAAGUCACUCAAUAUCUUCCAAAUAACAGACGUGAAUGGGACUGGUGAAAUCACUAUAGACGCUGCUGAUGUAUCGAUUGACUCUAUUAGACUUACUAACCCCGAAUCAGUCUUAACGAUUAACGCGAAGUCCAUGUUUGCGAAGGAAAUCUAUGUCACUGACGGAGCGACACUCAAUAUUAAUGUACCAAUCACUUUACAAACGGCUCAGGGUAUUUUCGACUUUACACCGGGAGGAGUUGUCCCCAAUGUUACACGACAAAUCUACUUUGGAAAGGACGCUAAAAUCAAUUUGAAGGAGAACGCCAAUUUUGUGAUUCAAGGACCGACUGAGAAGGACACUGUGACGAAUAAAUACGAUGCUGAAUAUAACAAGCUGACGCUUGAAGAGUGUGUGAUGACUGUAGAUGCGAACUUUAAGGGUAUUAAAUCGAACAAGUAUCCGAAUAUUGUCUUCAAUUUUGAUGUAAUAGGAGAAGUUGUUAUUAACAAGGCUACACUGACUUAUAUGGAUGGGACUACAACAGACAAGAACAUCACUUUAAUACUGAAUAAUGAAGUUUCACACAUCGCUGCAAAUUUGACAUCACGGCAUGCUAUUGAUGACCAGAACUACGCCCUUGUGAUUGGACAAUCUGCAGCUAUUCUCGACAAAGCGGCGAUUCCUGAGUUGUCGUGUGACUUGACUGCAUCGUUCUCAGGGAAGGUGACUGAAGACACGAAGUGGGUGAGAAGUCAAUGUCCAUGUAAUGGAGAGACGUGUAUAGUGAACACGGAGUUGACGACGAGUUCAGUGAAUUAUGAUAUCAGUGGGAUAACCUUUGCUAAAUAUUACACGACGACUGGCUUGUUAGAAGGGUCGAAAACGAAUAUCAGCGAAUUGAUAUCAUAUGGAGGGAAUACAGAAGUGAAGAUCACGGAGUCAACAAUUGGAGCUGUUUUAAUGGAAAAGAAGGGAGUGAUCUCAUUCACGAAGCCACUGAUGAUACCAACAAUUAGUGGAGUUGGCGAGUCGGGAACAAUAGAAGUGAAGACGCACUCUUUAACGACGAAAAGUAUGACGAAUGUUGAUAUGUCGAUAUCAACAGGGUCGAUGCUGUUUGAGAAGGAGACGAAAGGCGAUUUUAAGGGAAGAAAGAUUACCGUAGCGGCGAAUGGAAGACUUGAUAUUUACACGUCGAGUGUCUUGUUUGAUGAAAGCACUGAAUUUGAAGUUACAGUGGAGGCGGGACAACCUGCGUUAAUUUCAGUGGACGACGACGCACUUGGAGAUGCAUAUACGAUUGUGAAUGCGAAGUAUACAGUAACUAUCCCGGCAGAUGCGGCUGGAAAGGUCUUUGCUAUUUUGCGAGUGUUAACGCCAAUUAAUGUGGCGAAUUUCAAGAUUAAAGACGGGAGCGAGACACCAAGUGCGAAAUUGGGAGUGAAGGGAGCCGGUUUUGUGUUUAAGGAGGCGUGCAAUGGAGUGAUAUUAACUGAUCUGCCCGACGCACAAAUCACGUGCCCGGAAGAUAGAAUGGCAAGAGUGGUGGAGAAGUUUGAAUUCCCAAUGUACAUGAUUGCAGUGAUAGUCGUCUUUGUAUUGGUCCUUGCUGUCAUUGUUGUGUUACUGAUAGUCUAUAUGGUCCACGUCUAUAUUGUCCGAAGAAAGAACAUGAAGGUCUUUGAAGACGGGGAAGAGCUCGACGUCGAUAAUCAGAAACAAGACGAGGAAAUCAAAAAUGAAGGGAAUAAGACGGGUGAUAAUAAAGCAAAUGAAGAAAAACAUAACGCAAUCGAAGCACCUGUACCUUCAGAAAUACCACUCGCUAAUGACCAGAAGACUACUAGUGUACUGGAAAAGACUUCAGAGUCAGGGUCUGAGAGCGGCUCGGGUUCUAAGAAAGAUUAA